UCCUUAUUCCCUUCCACUCUAUAAAAUCUUGUACGCGCACAGUCUCUUAAGCUUCCUCACCAUUCAUCGAUAACACUCUUACACAGUUCAAUGGCUUCAGAAAGCUUCGGAUUCCAAGCUGAAAUCAGCCAGCUCCUCGACCUUAUCAUCAACACAUUUUAUUCAAACAAGGAGAUCUUCCUUCGCGAACUCAUCUCUAACGCCUCCGAUGCCCUCGAUAAAAUUCGUUACCAGUCUUUGACCACUCCCGCUGUCCUGGAGUCCGGCAAUGACCUUUACAUUCGCAUAACCCCUGACAAGGAGAACAAAGUCUUAGUGAUACGCGAUACUGGCGUCGGUUUCACCAAGGCUGACUUUGUUAACAACCUUGGUACCAUUGCCAAGUCUGGCACAAAAGGCUUCAUGGAAGCUUUGAGCUCCGGUGCCGAUAUCUCGAUGAUUGGUCAAUUUGGUGUUGGUUUCUACUCCGCAUAUCUCGUCGCUGAGCGUGUGCAAGUCAUCUCGAAGCACAACGACGACGAGCAAUACAUCUGGGAGUCGGCAGCCGGCGGCACCUUUACCAUCACCCCCGAUACUGUUAACCCUCCUUUAGGUCGUGGAACCGAGAUCCGUCUUUUCCUGAAGGAGGACCAGACUGAGUACCUCGAGGAGAAGAAAAUUAAGGAUGUCGUCAAGAAGCACUCCGAGUUCAUCUCAUAUCCUAUACAGCUGACUGUCGUCAAAGAAGUUGAGAAGGAUGUUGAGGAUGAAGAAGAAGAGGAAAUCAAGGAAGGUGAAGAAAAACCCAAGAUUGAGGAAGUCGAGGACGAUGAAGACAAGCCUAAGGAGAAGAAGACCAAGAAGGUCAAGGAGAAGGAGACAUCGAACGAGGAGUUGAACAAGACCAAGCCCAUUUGGACGCGUAACCCCAGCGAUAUUACCCAAGACGAGUACGCUGCUUUCUAUAAGAGUUUGAGUAAUGACUGGGAGGACCACCUUGCCGUCAAGCACUUCUCUGUCGAGGGUCAACUUGAGUUCAAGGCCAUCCUUUACGUUCCUAAGCGUGCGCCAUUCGACCUUUUCGAGUCCAAGAAGAAGCGCAAUAACAUCAAGCUCUACGUCCGCCGUGUUUUCAUAAUGGACGAUUGUGAAGAUAUCAUUCCUGAGUAUCUCAAUUUCGUCAAGGGUAUUGUUGACUCGGAGGACCUUCCUCUCAACAUUUCUCGCGAAACUCUCCAACAGAACAAGAUUCUCAAAGUCAUCCGCAAGAACAUCGUCAAGAAGUGCCUUGAUCUCUUCUCCGAGAUUGCUGAGGACAAGGACAACUUCCAGAAGUUCUACGAAUCUUUCGGAAAGAAUUUGAAGCUGGGUAUUCACGAGGAUGCACAGAACCGAAGCAAACUCGCCGAGUUCCUCCGCUUCUUCUCGACUAAGUCCCCCGAUGACCAGACUUCCCUUAAGGACUACAUAACCCGUAUGCCCGAGAUCCAGAAGUCUAUAUACUAUCUCACGGGCGAGUCUCUUGCCUCUACUCGCGAUUCACCCUUCUUGGAAGUCCUCAAGAAGAAGGGCUUCGAAGUUCUUCUUCUCGUCGACCCCAUAGAUGAGUAUGCCAUCACUCAACUCAAGGAGUUCGAUGGUAAGAAACUCGUUUGCGUGUCGAAGGAGGGUCUCGAGCUCGAGGAGACCGAGGAGGAGAAGAAGGCUCGGGAGGAAGAGGCUGCUGCUUUCAACGAGCUUUGCACCGUCGUCAAGGAUGCUCUCGGUGACCAGGUUGAAAAAGUUGUUAUCUCCAACCGUAUCACUGAUUCACCGUGUGUAUUGGUUACUGGUCAAUUUGGCUGGUCGUCGAACAUGGAACGUAUCAUGAAAGCCCAGGCACUUCGUGACUCGUCCAUGUCCUCCUAUAUGGCGUCCAAGAAGACCCUUGAGUUGAACUCUCGCAACGUUAUUAUCAGGGAGCUCAAACGCAAGGUUGCUGAGGAUAAGGGCGACAAAUCUGUUCGCGACCUCACCUACCUUCUUUUCGAGACUGCUCUUCUUACCUCCGGUUUCGUCCUUGACGCACCCGUGUCAUUCGCGAAACGCAUCCACAGGAUGAUCUCGCUUGGUCUCGAUGUCGACGAAGAGGAAGAUGCACCUGCGCCUGCUGCCGAUACUGCAUCUGCUGCACCAGAAAACGUGUCGACUUCGGCUAUGGAGGAGAUUGAUUAGAAAACAUGGAUUACUGCUUGCUUGGGGGUCGCAUUGUCUAUCGCAUAGGGUAUUCUUGAUGUAUCAAAAUUGUAUCUUACUAAUACAUAUGAUUUCUUCCCGAA